AUGCUUCAAUCCUCCAGCCCGUUCAAGCAAAAACUCAGCCCGCGAACCUGCAGCUGCAUCAGAAUCCGCAACAGCUACAGGCCUCUUCCUCCUGCCACUCACAGUCCGCUGUCAUUUCACCGCCAAUUGUCAACACCCCGCGCCCUGGCUCCCACCACGCCUUCGCCAGAACCCAUUUCUCCUCGUCUCCUCCAUUCCACGUCUGCGAACAUAGCUUCCCAACGCUCUGAGGCUAUUUCUCGACAUUUGGCUACGGCUGCUUCAUCACCUACCGCCACCAUGUCGUACAGCAAACAGGCCUCCGAGUACCAGCCUCGGAAGAAUGGUGCUCUUCACACAAACGAGUUCAGAUGCUAUAUUGAGAAGGAUGGCAUGCCUCUCUCACCUUUUCAUGACAUUCCCCUCUAUGCCAAUGAGCAACAGACGGUGCUGAACAUGAUCGUCGAGAUCCCAAGAUGGUCAAAUGCAAAGCUGGAGAUCUCCAAGGAAGAAUUCCUGAAUCCCAUCAAGCAGGAUGUCAAGAAAGGCAAGCUUCGAUUCGUCCGAAACUGCUUCCCACACAAAGGCUAUCUGUGGAACUACGGAGCUUUCCCAAGAACCUGGGAAGAUCCUAAUGUUGUCCAUCCCGAGACCAAAGCCAAGGGCGACAAUGACCCCUUGGAUGUUUGCGAAAUCGGUGAAUUGGUCGGCUACACUGGUCAAAUCAAGCAAGUCAAGGUUCUUGGUGUCAUGGCGCUGCUGGAUGAGGAGGAGACCGACUGGAAGAUUAUUGUCAUCGACGUCAACGACCCUCUAGCUCCCAAGUUGAAUGACAUUGAAGACGUGGAGCGUCACCUUCCCGGCCUUCUCCGAGCGACCAACGAAUGGUUCCGUAUCUACAAAAUCCCUGAUGGAAAGCCUGAAAACCAAUUUGCUUUCAGCGGUGAAUGCAAGAACAAGAAGUAUGCCGAGGAAAUAAUUCGCGAAUGCAGCGAUGCUUGGGAACGUCUGAUCACCGGAAAACAGCAACGUGGUGACAUUAGCCUGGCCAACGUCACCAACCUCAGCUCUCCAGAUCGUGUCGACCCAUCACAGCUCGCGAAGAUCCCACCUGGCCAAAACCUCCCACCGGCGCCAAUCGAUGGAAGUGUUGAUAAAUGGUUCUUCAUUUCUGGUGCGGCCGUCUAA